GGGGGCCGAGGAAAAAAUACUGUAUGUGCGCAGCAUCCGUAAUUCAUUGUUUUCGUUAACAACAUCAUCAACAUUUUCGACCAUCCGAAGGCUAUGUGUUUGUGCAUCGGUUGCGGACUGGAGGCAGACGUUGUCUACUGACUCCCGACCCGAUGCGAUGUGGUAUGACUGUGUUGUUGGUGGAGCAAGUGGAAAAAGGAAAUCCAUGACGCCGGAUCCGAGUUUUCAGAGAGCUUACUCGUCGAACUCUGUAAGCAGUGUUGAAGGAAAUGAACAUUUCUGCUCUCAGGAAGACGCUAUCAGAAAAUCAUCAACAGGACUUUUGCGAAGGAACGUCGUUGUUGAGCGAUUUCCCUUGUAAAGGGACGGAGCUCAAGCGCAACCAUGCAGAGAUGCUGGCGAGAGAGACUUCCGCCGAGAAGUGCCUCUCGCAGAAUCCAGGAUUUAUGGUUUGUUAUUGUUUCUAUCUCACUUUGGUUCUCAGGCCAGACCUGAGCUUGGCAGACACUCUAAAUCAUUUUUGGUGUAACACCGAACGAGUGGAUCGUCGUCUCGUGGUUAUAAAUUUUGUCGUUCCGAAUUUGAGCGACACACGAGGGAGGAGAGCCAUGAGAAAAUUGCCUUUCACUUUUUUUCCACCGUUCCAUACCGUACAUGCAGGUUUGGCAAUCGCCAGGGUGGGAAAUGCUGUUCGGAACUGACCAUAUCUCGCAGCGUGAUAACAGGUUUCUCGUUACUUCGUUCGUUUGAAGUUUACGUCUCUGGUUUGUUUGAUCCUGUGAAUGGGUACCUACUUUCUCUAGUGUUGGUUUGGUGUUCCAUACUUGUCUGGUGGAGAAUUUUCACUGGCGUUCAGCGGGAAAAUCAGUUGAAACAAUGGUUCGCAGGCAACAAACUAUGAUAAAGGAUCGAAGGGAUUUUCUCAUUGCCGCUCUAUGAUCCUAGAAAUUCAGGGAUUUUGUCUCUUUCUCGUGCACAGAAACAAAGUCUAUUGCCACGAGGGAGUUUGAAAUGCGAAGACCCAUGUAAAGAAGCUACAACAAUAUUCAGCAUUUCUGGAGCCGAGUGGAACGAGAGUAAGUGAACGUACAGUUAAAAGGACCUGGCGUCGUGGUGGUAACGCGACGUGGGAAAAGCCCUGAGGAAAAACAGGCAUCGCUUUUCUCAUCUCCAUCAUUCUUCGAUGUCGUUCUUUUCGGGCCGGGUGGAAAAUCGGCGCUCUCUGUUGGUUCAGAUAGUGCUCCGUGCAGAAAUAUUCGGAUUCUUUUUUCGAAAAUGUAGAUCUUUAAUCAAGUGCGGCGGAACAUAAAUCGGAAAGAGAUUGCGGGACGUUUCAUCAUUUGAAAGUUUUCAAUUUUUUUGAGUUUGCUUCUAGUUUUGUUUCGGUGCUUUUUAAAGUGUAGUGAUCAAUUAAGUUAUCGGUACAUCAAGCAGUUCUAUUGUAUUUUGUUUGAUAUUCGUUCAAGUUUUGGACGAUUAGGUGCAACGCUUCGCUGAAAAGUGUACGUGAAGAUGAUUUUAAAUCGCUGAUUUGAUAAUCAACAAAUGGAUCGAAUAGUGUUACAAAGCAAAUUCAUCUCAACGGUUUCCAGAGUCAAACUCUUCAAUCUAUUACUAUCAUCAGAAACUUUUACUAAAGGACAGAGAAAUGAAGAAGUUAAAAAUUUGUCCCUUGAUAAAAAAGAAAAACUUAAGUGUCUGUAGAAGAAUGUUACAUUCCAAUUAUUGUGAUAUAGCCGUGGGUAUAAACAAUAGCUUGUAUCAGCCAAUUGUGAGACAUUUCACGUUUCAACAACAGUUCAUCGUCAGUUUCAAUCGACUAACUAAAAACAAGGAUAAUUUCGCAACCGUUCAGAACCGUACUGACAUCGUACUGGCCCAGCAUCGAUGAAUCGUGAUCCAACCUGAGAGCGGCUUUUUCUUAGUUUGGUUCAAACGGUAUUUUGUAUUUCGGAUUAACCCCAGCAAACACCACCGACACCAUCGCCUGCUAACUACCCUUGAAUAAAUUCCUUCUGCUGGCAAGAGGAUAUAGAAGUGUGUAUAAGUGUGCCCGUGCAUUUGUGUGGCAGCGUAUGUGAGCAAAGGUUUAAUUGAGCUUGAUUUUAAUUCAAUGCAGUAAUUUUGCGUACGAUUUGUUGUGUUUUGCCAUAUAUAAAAGUAAAGUGAAGGCGAAAGUUGCUCGAAGCAUCACAGUAUUCAUCAUCACGUUGUAUAAAAUAUCAUCAUCACGAAGUUUCACGCAUGCCAGGCAUAAAUCGUCACGAAAAAGUCAAUACACAAUAAGAAAAGCUUUUGUGAUAGUUUUACAAAUUAAGUCUACUAAUUAGAUAAGGGAAUAGUAAAAGUAUUAAGUGCAAGUGUAAAAUCUCAAGCGGUUCCAGUGAAACUUCCACCGGUACACGACCACGUAUUUUGCAAAUCGUAUUACAUUCAUGGAUUUGACGCAUUAUUCAUCGAUCGCAUUCGAGACAGAUGAUUGAUCACUAAUCUCCUCAAUACAUCUGGAGCUAAGUGUUGAUUUUGGAGCAUCCUUGUCAGCUUUUCAAACAACAAAACUGUAAACCGAUAGCUAAGCUUAAGCGCCCAAACCAAACCUUUCAAAAUGACAAUGAGUACAAAUAAUUGUGAAAGUAUGACGUCAUACUUUACAAAUUCCUAUAUGAAUUCAGACAUGCACGGCCAUUAUCCUGGGACUGGUGUGGAUGGUUUGGAUACCAGUCAACAGAUGUACCACCACAGUCAGAGCCAUGCCAGCCAGGGAAAUAUGCCUCCGUAUCCACGCUUUCCGCCCUACGACCGGAUGGGGUACUAUCAGCAAAACAUGGAUCCUGCCGGAUACGCGCGAGCCGAUAGCCCUUCAAGUCAGGUGGGUGGUGUGAUACCUCAGCAAACAAAUGGCAAUCCCUUACAGCAAACGCAAGUACAACCUCAACAGCAGCAACCGAUUGUUUACGCUAGCUGUAAAUUGCAGGCCGCGGUAGGUAAUGGCCCAAAUGGUCUAGGAACUUACGGUGCUGAAAAUGGAUCCCCUCCGUUGGAGCAGAUGAGCCAUCACAUGAACACCGCACAAAUGACAAUACCUCAGCAUCAUAUGGGACACGCGCAAGGACAGGAUUGUUUUCCCCCCGAUCAGGUGCACCAGAAUCCGCAGCACAUGGGCAUGUACACUAAUACGGGUGGUGGUCCGCCUGGCGUUGUACCCCAGCAACCACCAAAUAUGAUGCACCAACAACCUCCGCAGCUACACCAAGGACAGCAACCACCGCCAAACAGUCAAAAUUCCAACUCGGGCCUUCAGUCGCCGCUCUACCCAUGGAUGAGGAGUCAGUUCGAACGAAAACGUGGUCGCCAGACGUACACGCGAUACCAAACGCUGGAACUGGAGAAGGAGUUUCACUUCAAUCGCUACCUGACCAGGCGGCGGAGGAUCGAGAUCGCACAUGCCCUGUGUUUGACGGAGCGCCAAAUCAAAAUCUGGUUCCAGAAUCGGCGAAUGAAGUGGAAAAAGGAAAACAAGACUAAGGGCGAACCGGGAUCGGGUGACGAGAACGACAUGACACCGCCACAAUCUCCAGCGUAAAUCGGUUUUCCAUCUACCAGCUAAUACAGCUUGAGAAUGAUGUUAGUGACUUUUGUAAAAUUGAAUUUUCUUCUUCGGUUUAGUUAAAUUGCAGAACAGUCCAAGAUUUUAAUUUCAAGUCAAAACUUUAUCACACUUGUUCGAUGCUACAAAUUUGCUCAUUUCAGUUGCAGCAUUACAUCUUCGACACGAAGCGAAGAAAUAUUCUGGAAACUAUUUGUUAUACCCUUGAGCGUACUUUAUUAUCGAAAAAUAACAAAAAAAAAACCUUUGUAGUGGACAGUUUGCUGUAGAUACAAUCCAAUGGUAAAUAAUUUAUUAUGCAAACAAAACGAAAAAAGCAAACAACUCAUGUGACCUCAAAACUAAUAUUAAUUUAGAAAUACAUGACCCAAGAAUUCAAAAAUCUGAUCACAGAUUGAUGGAAACAGAAAGUAAGUAAAAAUGUGCAAUGCGAAGAAAAUCUUUUAUCCAUUUUAGAUAAAGGAUGCAUAUUUGUGGAAGGAUAAAUAGAUAUUCUAAUAAUAUACGUACAAAAGUGCUUCAAUAUUCAUAAACAAAGUAUUCCAUGUCGGUCGAUCCAGAGAAAAUUAAAAGUUCGGAAACAUACAUAAUUUGGAAACUUAUCUCGUACUGAAUCCGCGAUAAUCACACACCAUAAAAUAAUCCAUUUUGCUAUUGAUUUCUGUUUCCACCAUUAUUUCUCCAACAACAUCAACAGCGAGAGAUGUUUGAACCUCAAACAAAGUGUAGAGCAGAAGGAAGUUAAUAUCCAAACAAAACUAUACCAAAGGCAAUAGAAUAAUUUAAUUAUUGCAGUUCAUUUUCACUAUGCGUCCAUUUAUUAUUUAAAAGAUAUCUCACAAGGAUGCAGCAAUCGUAAUUUAUUUGAAUAUUUCACUGUUGUUACUCAUUCGUAUGUGCCCAUAAAUUCUAUAAAACUAUAUUAGAAGACCGAUUUCUCGUCAUCUAUACAAUAGUUUACAGGAAAGCAGUCAUGAUCCCAGUGAAGAGAGUUCUAUUUUCACCUUGAGUUGGAUAAGUACACGAAACUAAAUUGGUACAAUCAGGCGACAGUAGUAAUUCGAAAAAUCAAAUCGAUUAAAGACACACAUAUAUACGAAAAUGCGGUAUACGACUCUUGUAGAAUAUUGAUAAAAUGGAAGUAAAAUAUUUAGAAAUAUUUUCAACGAACCUGCUACACAUUUUCAUCCGAAUUUUAGUUUGGCAGAUUCGAACUGGUUAUAGUAAAUCAAUACCAUGUGCGAUUGCAUUUAUUGGAAUAUUGAAAGGAAAAUAGGACACUUAAGCAAAAUAAUGUGAUUGUUCUGUUGUAUUGCCUGCUAUUUUGGAAAACAGGUUAAUAACAAAAAAAAAUACAGAAAAGAUGCAUCAAAAUUAGAAACUGAAAAUACGUAAACAAAACAAGGUGAGUCAAAUAUUUAUAAUUUAUACAAAUCUAAUUCACUGAUGAAAAUAGAAUAUACGUAAGAGGAAACUCAUGACAUUAGCCUUUAAGGAUUGUGUAAUUACUGAAAAUACAGAUAGAAUAAAAGAUGCAAAAGUCCCAAAAAUUUUAAGCAACUAGGCAGUAAAAAUUAACAACAAAUGAAGAUGAUAACGUUGUACGUAAAACAUAUAUUUAAUCAUAAACGGUAAGGGAUAAACUUCAGCAGUAAGACAUAAAUAAAACAAAAAAAAUCUCGUUAAACAGGCAACACAAAUAUGUUAUGAGUACAUGAGAUCCUAAGAUAUUUGAUUAUGAGAUAAUACACUGUAAUAAAAUUUGUAAAUACCAAAUCCUCACAGAAUGGAAAAAUAAUAAACAGAAUGAUAAAAUUAUAAA